UCCCGCUGCCCAGUGUCGGUCAGACUCGGGCCGGUAACGCAGCGCCAUGGCUCGGGAGAACGGAGACACCGGCAGAGGAGAGACGUGGAAGAAACACGUCGACGACAUCAAGAAGGUUUUUGAUUUCAAAGAAGUCCUUGGCACAGGAGCGUUUUCAGAGGUGGUGCUGGCCCAGGAGAAGCUGAACGGCCGGAUGUUUGCGGUGAAGUGCAUCCCGAAAAAGGCCCUGAAGGGGAAGGAGAGCAGCAUCGAGAACGAGAUCGCCGUGCUGAGGAAGAUCAAGCAUGAAAACAUUGUGGCGCUUGAGGACAUCUAUGAGAGUCCGGACCACCUCUACCUGAUAAUGCAGCUGGUGUCCGGUGGUGAGCUGUUUGACCGAAUUGUUGAAAAAGGUUUCUACACAGAGAAGGAUGCGAGCACGCUGAUCCGGCAAGUCCUGGACGCUGUGAACUACCUGCACAGGAUGGGGAUCGUACACAGAGACCUGAAGCCAGAGAAUCUGCUGUAUUUCAACCCACAAGACGAGUCGAAGAUAAUGAUCAGCGACUUCGGUCUUUCCAAGAUGGAGGGCAGUGGUGAUGUCAUGUCCACUGCCUGUGGCACGCCAGGAUAUGUCGCUCCAGAGGUUCUUGCCCAGAAGCCGUACAGUAAGGCAGUGGACUGCUGGUCCAUCGGAGUCAUCGCCUACAUCCUGCUGUGUGGUUACCCGCCGUUCUACGACGAGAACGACUCCAAACUCUUUGAGCAGAUCCUGAAAGCCGACUACGAGUUUGACGCGCCGUACUGGGACGACAUAUCGGACUCAGCCAAGGAUUUCAUCGGCAGCCUGAUGGAAAAAGAUCCAGCCAAGCGUUUCACCUGCGACCUGGCACUCAGACACCCCUGGAUCUCCGGGGAUACAGCACUCUGCAAGAACAUCCAUGAGUCAGUCAGUCGUCAGAUCAAGAAGAACUUUGCCAAGAGCAAAUGGAGGCAAGCAUUCAAUGCCACCGCCGUGGUCCGGCACAUGAGGCGGCUGCAGCUUGGCAGCAGCAUGGGGAGCAGCAUGGACCAGUCCAACCCGCCGACCAGGACGAGCCAGGCCCAGAAGCCCGCCCCGAGCCAGAGCCCGGCGGGCCAGAUCCCGGCGGGCCAGAUCCAGCCUGCUCAGAGCCAAAGCAGCGGCCAGGCGGCACAAGGCCCGAGCACCAACGUGGCCGCCAACAAAACCUCUGCCAUUGACAACAACAUAGCAGCUCCUCGCAAAGAAUGUGUAACUGCACCAGCCACACCCUGCAGUCUGGCAUCUGCAGCGUCUUCUCCCGCCGCCGGCGCCGAGCUGAACCGGCCACAUCCCUCAGCAGGUCCGGCCCCGGUGCUCACAGAGACCAAGUGACGCCAGGUCCCGCGGGGAACCAGCUGGGAGGCCACAGCGCUGUGAGGCAGAAAGAGAGGGAAAGAGCCGGAGGACGACAGGAGAAGAAGAGGAUCCUCCUCUUUCUUCUUCUUCCUCUUACCUCCCUCUCCUCACUGCGUUUCUGUUCGGAUGUGCCGCCCCAACCAGUUCCUCGCCCUGCUCCAGGGAGAGCAGAGGACAUUACCUCCGCCCAAACGUUUCAGGCCAGGGCCACGCUGUACACCCUCCUCCCACCGAGAGGGCGCCGCUUAGAAUGCCACGACACGGCCACAGAGGAUGUUCGAAUGCCUGGCUGUGUUGGGAUGCAGGCGACGCGUGGGUGUCGACUUAAGCCUGUUCGAGAAGAAGUUGGUGGUUCCCAGUUGGGCCGGGGGUGAAAUAUUAUUUAAUGUCAGUAAACAUCAACUUCCCUCCUUAAUCUGGUCUGUCCUGCGCCACUGUAUUUAGCUUUUUCCUAACUAGGUUUGACUGUUGGCAACUGGAUUGAUUUCUUUUUUAUUAUUCUCAAUGUUAAUUUUGAAGGUGGUAUGUGUAACUUUAAAAAAAAAAAGGGUUAUCAUUGUCACAUAAGAAGUGUUAUUUUGGUACAAUCACUGUCAAAAUAAAUAACGCAAUGGCCAAGAGGGUUAGUGUUCUCUGAUUAUCAUGUGUACUAGCAUUAAAUCAAGACUCCAGUCUCCAUGACCCCUUCAUUUCUUCAUUAAACCACUGAAGUUAUUGGUCUUUUUUCACUCUAGAAGAACAGCGCCACCUUCCUGUAAAGUGCCAUAAAACAAUCAAGCAGAAUCCCUCCAAAUCCAAUCUGUUGACUGCGUAAAAUGCAGACAAGAGGCUUCUUAAGACGCCUCGUACUGAUUUUUACCAACGUUUCAAACUAAUGUGACGGUGAUUUCCUCAUCUUUAAAUGUUACAUAUAGCACCUGUAAGACAUGUUCUAUGUCCUUAUGGGCUUCUUUGUAUGUUUGUGCUUUAAGAAGUGCUUUAAAAGUACCAUACGACUGUUCAGAUAUGGAAACAUAAGUAAGCUCUUUAUGUAUUUUUGCACAGAGAAGGGUCGGAUAAAUUCUCAGACACGGAUUAGCCGCCAUCCACUAGUGUUGAUCAGAGAUUAGAGAUUGUAAACCUUAGAGUGGAUGUUAGAGGAUUGUCUGAAAGUUUCCGAUUUGUUUAUUCUUUUUCUUACUUUCUAAGACUUUUGUAACAAUCACCCUUUACAGGGACACACAUACAGGUUAGUAUGAAACAUGCAGCAGGUAAAGUAAAGGAUCGAUGGAGGAAUGUUCUGGAAAACUGCCUCCGGUGGAGAAUGUUUGCGACUACGCGAUGGCUAGCUAUCUGAGGAGCCCUGAGCAACGCAGUCCAGUUACAAACCGCCUCUGAGAUAUUUAACCUCCUCCCACAUGGGUCCUCAGAUGGUUAUGCAUUUGUAGAAUAGAGAAUAAAUCCAAAAUGGAGAACCAAGCGCGUGUUCCUUUCCCCCUUCUUCAGAAGCCAUGAUCUCACUUUUUUUGCGUCGUCAAGCCGCGCCCAGUUCGAAUGUGCUCAGGGAAAACUGCAGCUGCACUGUGAGCUGGCAAAUACCGGUUUUCUGGAUUUAGGUUUUUCUGUCGGUACUUUCAGUUCAGUCGUCGCGGCAUCACAGUUAAUGAUCCAGGGCUUUAGAUGUCAGCUGUGCACUUAGUUCAGUGUGGUUUUGACUUAUACUCACUUGUGACCAUGGAGGACUCAGACAUUGAAACUGACAAUACCACCAACGACUCAGACGCUUUUUGAGCAUGCACAAAUAGAUUCUACUAUCUUGGCAGUUUUGUUUUGACACAAUCUACCACUCUGAAACAGUACAGUAGGAAUUGUAUAGAGCAGGGGAUAAACAUGGAGGAUAGGUUGGGUUUUUGCUGUGUCUGGUGAUCCUUUGGCGAACCCUUUGUCACCCAACAGUACACAGAGAUUGGUUGGUUUUUCACAAUUUGAGAACCGGUCAAAAUAUAGCAAAUCUGAACUAUUUACUUAGGUAUGAGCAGCAAAACCAAACUAUGUAACACACUUCCAUCUUGUUUUAAAAAAAAGCCAAUACAUGUGGCUUAAAUGGAAUGGUUGGAGUCCAAAGCUUGAGGUCCUUUUUUUGUUCUAAGUUACAUUCAAUGUGACAAACUCGAAAGAACUCAAAUGUCAUCUUUUUCCUGACGCUGUCAUGACUACAGUAGUUUAGAUUGUGUCACUCGUAGUGAUAGCCUUUCAGACUUAACUCAGAGAGUAGAGCGGUGAAAUGUCGGGUGCUCACUCACACUUAUCAGAUUGUCACAUCUUUGUCAGAGGCAAUUAAACCAAUCCCUUUAUUUUUGAAUUCUAGCCAAAGACUAGUGCAUGGUAUGGAAACAAAUGGCUCCAUUUCAUUUGAUAAAUGAGUUAGAACCAACUAUUUGAAAACGACACUGUUUGAGAUAGAAGUGGACUUGCAUUAAGGGCUGAACUCCAGCUGCAAAUGAAUCUGGAGUGAACUGUAUUGACCCAUUUAACGUCUUGCCAUGAACCUUUUUUUUAUGUGCACCGACUGGUGCUGAAAAGUAUCGGCAAAUUAUAAACAUAGUGCUUGUUUUAAUCUGCUUGGAAUGUCAGAAAGGUGUGACACACCAGCUGGAAGAAAGUCAAUUUACACUGAAAAAAAACAAAUCUCACCCAAGCUUUAUGGAAUUCACUUCUGGCUUGCUGCACCGUUGUGUGUAUUAAAACUCACAGCUCUUUGGCACUGACUUUGAAUGCUACCCAAUCGAAAUGUAUGAAUUCAUGAUCUCUGUUCUUUAAGAGCAGCAUCUUCUUUCUUUAACCAGCUCUGAAUGGACAGUUCCAGCAUUCUUGUUUUUUUCUUUGCUAUUUCCCCUCCAUCCAACGUGCCAGUUGCUCUUGUAAUACUUUUCAACCUUUCUACCCAAUCAUUAGCUUUAAUCUUUUACCUAAUUUUCUCCUACUUGAGACAUUAUUUUCUAAAAAUAAACCAGAAGUACAUAGUCCACAUUUCAAGAUAUUUUCCUAAGAGCUGGGUACCAUAGCUUUUAGCAAAAGUUGACUGUAAGCCGCUUACACACAUGCACUCCUGUUCAUUUCUUGAAAAUUUUAGACUCCUUGCCCCUGAAAUCUUCCUGAGUGAUGUGUUCACACAUGCCUCUCACAAUGGGAAGAUUUCGCUGUCAGACGGGCAGGCAAGACGUGUCAUAAAAAUGACGCACAAAAAUGGCAGACGAGCAACAAAGUUAGAAGCCAUGUUGACAGUUUUUGCCUUUAUAUUUGGUUGCAUUUGAGGUAUAAAGAAAAGAUCAGAGAGCAUACUGAGCACAGUUUCAUAAUGUACACUAAAAUCACACCAGUCCCUGGCCCGGUCACAGAUUAUGAGCGUUAUCACCCCAUCCUGUUAGCUUGAAGAUACAUCAACAAACCUGACCUCCUGCCGAAACUACUAAUGACUAAAAAGCUGGAGCAGAGAAGUCUGGGUAAAUCCUGGUGAAAAAAUGUGCUGUUUACAUGUUUACAUGCAGCUCAAAACAAAAAUUCCUGGACAUUUUCAGGAGCGCAUUGCAUGUGUGAAAGGGGCUAAACAGUAUUAAAAACGUAAUUCGUUUGGGACAAAAAUUAAACAUUAAUGUGAGGAAUUAGAGGGGUCAAGGAUUUAAAAAAAAGUGAGACAUUAAGGCAUCUUCAGCCUUUUUGGGUUGUAUUAAUGUAAAGCCAACACUGCACAGCUUCGGGAAUAUGACCAUUUUUAAUUGUUUUUGAAAAUGUCCUAUUGCCUGAGAAUUAUCCUUACAUAGAAAUCCUCUUUUCCUUUUAAUCUGAUAUAUGUACAGGCCCUUAACACACUCACCAGAUCUACUACAUUGUUUUUGAAACACUUGAAUCUUGUGUAUUUGGAAAGGACACUGACAUGACAAACUCAUUACAGCUACAGUAUAUGCACGCUGUCCUCACAACUACUCCAGUCAAAUUAGGGCUUAAGUUACAUUUUUUUAUGGUGGAUUUAAGAAUCAAAGACCAAGUUAGCCUGAUUAUUUUAAAUGUGCAUUUAUCAGGGAAGCACCCACAUGUCUUGUACUGCAUGACUCUGUAGUUCAGUAUUCAGCAUUUUAAUUCAAUCUUCUUUUUUUUAGUAUGGUAACAUGUUACAUUUGUCUCUUCUAACCUAACACUAAAGCCAGUUCAUGUUAUUCUUCAUGUGUUACUGAGGGGAUUUUUACCAUAUAAGGGCUUUAUUCCUAUGAUCACCUUAAUCUAAUUAUUCACUGUAACCAUGUUUUCAUGACCAUUGAACACUAUGCAUUUUUUGAAAACAUUUUUAAGUGUUGUCGAUGCUUUUUCUUGAGCUUGGGAUUGCAAAAAAAAAAAGAAAAUACCCCUGUGGCUAAAAACAUUAGGGGAGUAAGUUACUUCACCAUGCUGUAGUUUGGUCUGUUUUAAAUGAAGAAUGUGCGACUUUUUGAUCCAUCCGAUAGAUGUCGCCCUGGAGCACCAGCAUGAAACCAAAACAAACUGAUGUUUGGCCACACCUCCGCUAUUCUGAAGCCCCCGCUCUCCUCCAGCGACACACCUCCAACCUCUCUCCACUCGUGUUUGCAAAAAAGAGUUAUCGAAUUGGAAAACACCAUAAUUAAGCACUCAGUGCUAAGAGCAAGCGGUGGACAUAAUUGUCCUUGUCUUGAGCUGCAUUGUUGUGUUAGCAUGCUAAUGAUUAGCGCUCUCGGUUAGCUCGUAGCUUCACAUUGCAUGUAAAUUUACAUGGAAUGACCGUGAUCUAAAAACGCUAACGUGACAUUCAAAAAGCAGUCAGUACAGUAUGUUAGUCUUCUUUUCUAUAGUCCCUCACUUUAACAGCUUUAAUACACAGGGACUAUCCGUCCGGCCCCGUCCAUGUAAACACAGCUCAGACAACAUCACAGCCAGCGGGACUCACUCUUCUUACUCAUUGUAGACAGUCACGACUUAGAGAGAUAGUUACACAGGAUAUACUGGAUUUAUGCUAUAUGUAUGUGUAAAAUGUCGCACAUUCUUCCUCUUAAUGCUUAACCAUGAAUUUGUCUAUUAUUAUUAUUAUUAAAUGAGCCACAUAGUUAAAGCGGUCUACCAGGUUUCUCUCGAGCACUAAACGAUGUUAAUGUAUCAUCAGCCAACACUGUAAGAGCAUGUUUCGUUAAAUGUGAUGUCGUCCAUGUUAGUCUGGACGUUUGGGUUUAUGAAUGUCAUUGUGAGGCAGACAGAGGGUUCAGGUUCAUGCUGCUCUGUGGUUAUGUGUACAAAUAUGUCUGCUGUAAAAAAAAAAAAAAACAGACCUUUUUUUUCUGAAUGAAUACUUCAAUGUUCGAGACGCUAGUGUAAAUAGAUUGUGAAUAUGAAUGAUCAUUUUCAAGACAAUAUUUACAAAUGUUUCGCUGUUCAGGCAUGUGGGAUGGAUGAGUGAGCGUGUGUGUGUGUUGAGGGAAGUUGAUUGUAUUCUCUAUGGAAUGUUAAAUGUAAAAAAAAAAAAGCUUAAAUCCCCUUUAUUCCCCACUGAGGUUUGCUUUCAUGUACUGUCCAGCACUGUGUGGCUGCCACCUAUAUGCCGUCAGUGUUUCACAACCACUUCAGUGUACUUUGGCUGUACAUGUAAAUGUACACAUCAGUCCAGCUUCAAGUGAAAGCAACAAUUACUGAACUCAGGCUUACGUUUUUUUGCCAUUCUAAAGGAAGAAAUCCAAAGCUGUGAUCGACUAUGAAACACACUGUUAACAGCGAGGAGCAGCUAGGAUCGCUCUCGUCUGCUCUCUGCCCUUUGAGCUCACACUUCUCGGACCUUUUCUUUUUUAUAUACAAAGACGGUGACCAAUUGCGUCGUCACAAAAGAUGAAAACACACACAGCAUGUUCAACAAAAGUGCUUCAACGAUUCAACAUCACCAAUGACUGUUUCUCUUAUAUUCCCUUGUAUGAUGUUAGUAUCUUUGUAUAAUGUAAAGACGUACACGGGUUGAGACGCCAGAGUCCACAGAAAGCUGUUUAGAAUUUCAGUUCCACAAACAGUUUUGAGAGAUUUAUUCUUGAGCUGUUUCCCCCCCAAAAAAAAAAUCAUGGGUGACUAGAUAAGUAUUGCUAUUCUGUUAUUCAUUAGCAAGAAUAUCUUACCAGAUACGGUCAUCACUGGGGCCUUUGGUAUUUAACAAAUGAUCUGACAGAAAUGGAAUUAAAAACAAAUAAUGCAUUAAAAUGGUCUUAAGCUAGGUUAGGAUGGUAACUUUGAUAGCACAUCAAGGUAUCAUCUUAUGUGAUUUAGACCAAAAACACUAUGUAAAACAAUUUGUGAACAGUUCAUCAAAGGAAGUCAAUUAACAUAAAACCCAGUGUAUUAGAAUCAUUCUGUUUUUGUGGGGUCGCCCAGAAGGUAAAAAUAUUUCAAUUUCCAUUGCGUUCAGCAAAGUCCACAGCUGUUUAGCUCUUUCUAGUGCCAUCUGUUUCCCCAAUGUGGAGUUUCCAAUCCUGCUAGCUACCGGAGAAGUUGUUGAGGUUUCAGCCUCCAGUAGAUAGCAGAUUGUUUAUAGGUACGGACCCACUGCCAACCACCAAUUCACCAAGAGUGGCGCUGCCCACCUCUGCUGAUAACUUGUUGUCUUUAAUUUAGUGAUUAGUCUUUUUAAUCAAACUAAAUAUUUUUUUUACCUAACAGUAUACCACUGUUUAAUUUGAAUGCAAGAUUAUGACCUAAUGACGGAGAAAAGUUUUUAUUUUUAAGUGGUGCCAUCGACCUUGUCCAUGUUGUGAUGUAUACCAGCAGGAUUUGUGCAGCGAACUGGCUGCUUGCACUAUUUAAUGAAUGGGGGCAAAUUGGCAAAUCGUGUCAAGACGCUUGCAGUUGGUGACGGUGCCAGCUGCACUUGCGGUAAUAAUGUUGCAUGUCCGAGUAUUUUAUACUGGUAUGUCAGUUGCACUGGGAUAUAGGACACAGCCCACUUUUUAGAUUGAAAAGUAUGAAAAGUGUAUGUAUUUUACAGCUUUGUAAAUUCUAAUAGUAUAAAAGCAAGUCAAUUUUUCUUUACAUAAAUGUUUCCUUAUUGUUGCCAAAAGAUUGAAGAGUUCAUAAUCACACUUUGUAAGUAUCAUUAAAUCUAGCUGCCAUCCAAGUUGCUUUUCUUCAGUCUGUCUAAAAUAUUAUAAUCUGGUCUUUGCCUCUGCCCUUAAGACUCUGCUCUGCUUCUUAAAAUUGUUUGUCUGAAUUAAUCUUUAAACAAGCUGCUUCUUGGAACUGGUGUCUCCCUGUGGGUGUCCUUGUCCAGAGCCUGCUGAGUUAGCUGGGCUGUAUUGUAUUUACUCUCUGCAUGUGACACACAACAAACUCCCAUCCUGUGCACCGUCGUUAUGCCGACGACACCCUCAUGUCUCAGAGUGAGCACCGCCUGCCACACACCUGUUGUGCUGGGAUGAUAAUGAUGAUGAAGAUGAUGAUGAUGAUGAAUUUCUGUUAAUGGGGCUUGUAUAUCAGAUGCCUUCGACAAUCAUGUGCACAUAUCAGAGCUACCAUGACAACACAGGCCAGAGCGACUGAUUGUGUUUCAUUUGUCUUUCUCCUGGAAUAAAUCCUGAAUGAUCAUAA